AUGUCAGCGAUACAACAACAACCAGUGCCGUCGGUGCUGGGGCGUUCAGCCGACAUUGUGCGCCCCGAUUUUCACCAGGCGAACCUCGACAUCGAGCAGUACCUCAAGCAGGAGCGCGGGAUGAAGCUCGAUUCUGACGACCAAAUCUGCCGUAUGAACCUCAAUCCUCUCGGCUGCCCUGUUGGACCAGCACUCUGUCCACUGCGGCAUACGACGCCGGGCCCGAACAACUUCAAGCCCACCCCGCCGCUUCCGACCCACCCUCGCGAGCGCGAGAAGAAGACGACAGUGUGCAAGCAUUACCUGCGUAACUUGUGCAAGGUCGGCGAUAACUGCGAGUACACGCAUGACUGGAACUUGCGUACCAUGCCCAUAUGUGUGUGGUUUGUCAAGCUCGGCAAGUGUGAGCUCGGCGGCGAGUGCCUAUACUACCAUCCGCGUGAUCGGCGCGUCGAGUGUCCCGAUUACAACCGCGGUUUCUGUCGGCUCGGAUCAGAGUGUCCACGCCGACACGUAAAGCGGACACUGUGUCAAGCAUACCUCGCUGGAUUCUGUUUGGAUGGGCCAGACUGCGCCAAUGCCCACCCAUCGCCCAACCUCCCCAAACCAGAGACGUACUUGAAUCCCCCCGCUCCUGAUCCCACGAAUUCUGGCCCACCGCCACAACUACCGGCGGGCUAUGGGCGUUGGCGCGAGUAUAGGUACGACCCGAAUGCGGUGGUCGUGCCCGCGCCGGCGUGGCAGGAGGGCGGGUCGCUGCAGGGCUGGCGCAGCGGCGGGUUCCUGUCCAACCACGCCAGAAGAGAGGGACACGACGAUAGGGGGGGGGGAGGCGGACGCGGCGGAUGGAUCAAGGACCUCAGCACCGUGCUCUGCUUCAGGUUGCCCGAAUGA